GUUUGAAAAGCCUAGAUAUCUCCCCAUUCCACAGGCAUUUCCAGCAAACUAACCCAUUCCAAAGUACCUGUUCAAAGAGCUCCAAUGGCACAUCAAAGAACUGAGAUGGGUCUAGUGUUGGUCCUAGCGACCAUCCUCUGGACUGGAGCCACCGCACAGUCUAGCAGUUGCACAAGCACGAUAAUAAGCAUGUCACCCUGCCUCAACUACAUUACUGGCAACUCUUCAACCCCAUCUUCAAGCUGCUGCACUCAGCUUGGCAACGUUGUUCGCUCACAGCCACAGUGCUUGUGUCAGGUCCUAAAUGGUGGUGGCUCAUCCCAGGGGCUCAACAUCAACCAAACUCUUGCUCUGGCAUUACCUGGUGCUUGCAAUGUUCAGACUCCACCCCUCAGCCGUUGCAAUGCUGCUUCUCCAGCUGAUUCUCCUGUGGGAACUCCAGAAACUCCAAGCACAGUACCAUCAGGACGGGGAUCUAACACAGUACCAUCAACAGAAAAUGGUGCAUCAGAUGCAACCUCUACUAAGUUAGCAGCUCCUCUGCUUUUCUUCCUAUUGUUCAUUGCAUCAUACGCUUCGACCUCCACACUCUGCUGA